GUCUCAGAGAAGGCUGCUGCAGCCAUGGAGGAGUUGAGCGUCGUCGGAGAACAGGUUUUCGAUGCCGAAUGUAUUCUGAACAAACGACUACGAAAGGGGAAGGUGGAAUAUCUGGUGAAGUGGAGAGGUUGGUCAUCCAAGCACAAUAGUUGGGAGCCUCAGGAAAACCUUCUUGACCCAAGAUUAUUGGCUGCAUUUAACAAGAGUGAACAAGAAAAAGAGAUGCUGUACCGCAAAAAGGGCAAAAGGCCUAGAGGACGACCUCGAAAAAUUGUGGAAACAGUUCCAGAGGUCACCAAGUCCAGCAGCUCCUCGUCCUCCUCAUCCUCUGGCUCCUCUUCUUCCUCAUCCUCCGACUCCUCUUCAGAGGACGAUGAUGAUGAAGAUGACGACGGAGCAGACAGGAAGCCCAGGUUGGCCCCUCGGCCACGGGAACUCGCCCACCCCGUGCCCCAGAAGAAGGCCCAGAUCGUGGUGGCUAAGCCAGAGCCGGUGAAGAAAAAACGUGGCCGCAAGCCUCUGCCGCUGGAGCUGAAGGCCCUGCGUCCGGGCAAGCCUCCCCGCAAGCUCAUCAAGCCCUCAAUCAAAGACUCACUCAACACAAUCAAGAAGCCCCUGCAGCCGGCCAGCUUCACCUACACCAGCAUGGGCCGCAGCAGCAGCAGCAGCAGCAGGGACUCCCUGGGCCUGCACAGCCGAGGUGCCUUCAGCCAGAGCGGUGGCGCCGUGAAGCCCCCGAUGGGCUCCAUGGGUCCCGGGAGGUCUCUGGGCUCCGCGUUGCCUUCCUUCAGCAGCAGGCCGCCACAGACCAAGGGCGGCCCCGACUUCAAACCAUCCAUGGCCGAGUCGAGCCGCGGCACUGGCUUAGACCUGAAAUCAACGUCAUCAUCAUCGUCAUCGUCACCAUCGAGUAAAUCACCAGGUGUGGCCUCCAUGAAUGUACACAAAUCCAAACUGUCCACAAACACCAGCAGCAACAGCAGCAAUCAGGGUACUCACCAGUCCUCCCUGGGAUCCCUCAAUGGACCAAAAAAGCACAAUGUUCCCGCCGGGCAGACCCCCAUACAAAGGUUACCAAACAAUAAGGCCGCCGCACCCUUCUUGUCCGCGAAAGGCCCCGUCGGCCAGGCCAUGAAUAUGCAGGCACUGAAACUGCAGAGCUCAAAUAAGCCAGCGCCCUGCAGCGGCGGGCCUGCAGAGAACGUAAACAUGGCGGCAGCCAACUUCAGAGGAGCCGCCAACCCAACACGGAAGAGCCUUGGCGGGAACCAGCGGCAAGAGUCCAGCCUCCAGCCAGCCUCUGUGCCCAACUCAGGACCAACCCAGCAGCCCAAAAAGAACCAGCCAGGAGGAGGAGGGGAGAAAGUAAGGGCUGAGGACAGCAAUGACUCGGGGAACAUCCAGGACAGGUCAGCCAAAAGGCCUCCGCACAGAGUGGAGAAGACGCCGUCGCUGAAACCGCUGCCCACGGAGAUCAGAGAGCCUGUGGGCAAGCGUGAGAGGUCAUCCUCCAAGGACGGAGGAAAGGCUAAGGUUCUGAGCGAGAUGAGCACCGGCGAGGAGGGCAGCACCUCCGACUCGGACCAGGAGGAUUCGCCGUUCCCAAGCAACGGGCAAGACUUUGCGGUCCAGCCGAGCCAGGAUUGGAAACCGACCCGGAGUCUGAUUGAGCAUGUUUUCGUCACGGAUGUGACAGCCAACCUUGUCACGGUGACCGUAAAAGAGUCACCGACCAGCGUUGGGUUCUUCAGCCUACGAAAUUAUUGAUAGAAAUUAUCGGUUGCUCAGGAGUCCUCAAAGUCAUCAACAUGGAAGCAGCACAGAGGAGCGUUUUUGUUAUCUGAAGCAGUGAAUGAAUGAAAAAAAGAUAAUGGCUUGUUUGUGGAAAGUUACAUCAAGGUUAAGUGGUAGUGUGAUGUCUACAUAUCUACUCUGAGUGAAGAUCAACAUUGUUUACAUAGCCCUUAUUUUAUUCAGCGUUGGAUGGUCUACACAUUACCUACAGAAUAACACCUUUCCCUUCAAAUUCCUAAAAGGUAGCAGUUGAGGAACCAGAGAACAUUCUAGGUCAUUUUUCCCUAAAUCUUUCUACUUUAUUGUAGUAAAUUUAUAUAAAUAUAUAUCUAUACGAUUAAGAAAACCCUCUAGCAUCAAAGUGCAAGACAUUCAGUAAAAACACAUGUAAAUGUUUGUAAUACUUUGAUUCAGUGAGGCUAUUUAAUCAUAGAAUGUUUACAUAAACAGGGUUUGAAACUUAAUAUGUUUAUGUAGAGGACUUGUGUACAUGUAUAUGUAACGCCCCAAAGAAACAAAGCUCAUGAGAAGGCCUAUAUGCUGUGUGGCUAGACUAUGGUGCUGCUGCAGCUUACUUCACACAUUGACCACACCUAUUUUAAACAGCUAAAAUGUUUCCCCGUUUCCCCGCAGUUUCGGUUGGACUGAAGCGUCAUGGUUCUCCACUCUUUUUUUUUGCCUUAAAUGUUAUUUUGUAUAGAUACAAUUUCUCCUCUGAAGCUAUAGACUGAGACUCUUAUGGACAUGGAACUGUUAAGACAAGUUAAACUCAGUGACGAAAAACACCACUUCUAUCUUAAUUUAUUACAAUGUUCUGUUUUUACCUCCAUUCCACAGUUUCUUUUUUAAUAAAAAAAUCUGCCUUUUGUACGCUUUGAUCUUAA